AUGUCGGUCAUUCCAGUGGACGCGGCGCCCGUAUGCCGCAUGCUUUUUGCUGCACUUGUAGUGGUCAUGCUGCCGGAGAUCGUGGCCUUGGCAGCAUUUUCCAGCAUGGGGGUCGCACCACAGGUUGCCGAGAGCGUGGCUCUGGGCACAGCUGACAUGGCGGGCAACGGAAUGGCUGUGGUGUGUGCAGUUGUGCUGGCCUUUGCUUUUGUGAUUGAUGCUCAUCGUCGACCUGUAUGCAUUAAACUGGCGGUAGCAUUGGUGUCUACUUGUUGCUUCUUGGCAGCAGCGACGCUAAAGUACAUCAGCUAUCCCUGGCUGGGUGGCUUUGUGUGCUUCGGCAUUGCAAUAGCCUCCAUUGCGUACCUGCGAAUGUACCUUUUCAAACCAGCCACAGUUCCAGGCCAAGACUUUUUCAGCACAAUCGCCAUGAGCUUUGUCUUGGCUGCCUUUCUGCUCAUAUCAGCUUGGAUUGGGUGGCAAGGACUCACAGACAACACCUGGAGCUCUUCAACGAAAGGUCGCCUGGCAACUAGCAACGGCGCGGUGUACACUUACUUUUACGACAAUGAAUCCUGGGAGUUCCAGAACUACUGCGCCAUCAAUGGCACCAAUGUAAGCCUUCCAUCGAAUUUGACUCAGGACGAAACUACUGCCAUCGAGUCCGCAUGCCAGAAGUCUGAGACUGUCUGGUUUCUGCAAUGGGCGGCGCCCUGUGCCUUGGGGAUUUGCAACGCCAUCGUUGCUGCAGUAUGUUGGGUGUUCUCCAAAGCAACCGCUGCGCUUGAGCUUGGUGGAGAGGGUGAUGCCCAACACUUUCAGAAGGUAUUGAAGCUCUGUGCAUCUCUAAUUGUUCUGAUGCUGGGGAUGAUGUAUAGUGCACAAUAUGUGUCCGGUGCAGAUGUCACUGUGAGCUCUGCCCUCCUUGCACUGGGAGCCGGUUCCAUGACAUCAAUACUGCUGUUCAUGCUGCUUGAGUUCGGAUUUGACAGACUGCACGAGAGUACUUCGCAAGAUGGGAUGACCAAGAAUUUGGUUGCCAUAAUCAAAUCUGACUGGAUGAAAGCCUUGGUCAUUGGCGGCUUGAACGUGUUUGUUCCUAUCUUGGUGGUUCUAGACAGGGUCCGGCAAAAGGUCCGGCGAUGCACAGGCUUGGUCCCGGCAAGUGACCCAAAUUCAUUCACGCAGGAAGGUCGUCGGAUCAUUGCAGAGCUCAAAACGUGGGCUUGGUGCAGCAUUUUUCUGAAGAUAGAUCUCUUAGGUGAGAUUUUUGUAUCCCUCAUUGUCGGCAUGAAGCUCACAAACGUUUUCUUUUCCUGGUUGAAUGAGACACUGGCUGCUGCGGGGCUGCCAUUCGCGGUUCUGUCAGCCUUGGUCUUGGGCGUCUCAUUGGGGAUGUUUUUGUGUCCAAUUGUGCCAGGCAGCGCCGUAUACUUGUUCUCUGGUGUUAUUUUUGGUGCACAGUCACAGCUGGAUGGCUCAGUCGGAUUCGCUUUUGGUGUCAUCGCAUCAGCAGCUUUAAGCUCGGCAGCAAAAUUGAUGGCUUGCUGCUUGCAGUACGGCAUGGGCUACAUGAUGGGCCAGUCCGUGAAGGUACAGCAGUUUGUUGGUGUUGACAAAGUACCAACCCGAGCAAUGGAGCAGAUUCUCAGGCAGAGUGGUUUGAAACCUGACAAGGUUGCUAUUCUUGUAGCUGGCCCGGAUUGGCCAACCAGUGUUCUUUGUGGCAUUCUUCGCUUGAACAUUCCUCAGAUGUUAAUGGGCACCAUGCCGGUUAUCCUUGUGAGCAUUGUUCCUCAAGUACUCGUGGGUGCCUUUCAGACGCUUGCAGACGGCACGUCUGGCGUCAUGGGCAUGGUUUCCAGCCUUGUUACCAUGGCAGCAGCAGUUGUUCAAGCACUUGCUAUGUUUUUCGUCAGUUACCGGAUCAUGAAAGUCAUUGAGGAUGAUGGAGAAGCUCUUGCCAGACCUCGUGUGGAGCAUGCAGCUGUUGCAGAACUCACACGGCAAGAGGCUCUGUAUACUGAAGCAUUACAUAACGCGAGCGAAUGGUCGAAUAUGCACUGCGGCCAGAAGUUUCUUGCAUUCGUUUCGGCCGCCUGCUUGUUGGUGGCUGGCUUCGCUCUGGCAGCCGACUUCUCACUUACGGAGAAGUUUUGCUUCAGAAGCUUCAGUAUCACAAGCAGCAUUGGCUCGGCAAUUGCAAUGGGUGGCUUAGGUGGCAGCGUUGCGAAUCUAGUCAUGCCGGUGGGCUGGCUGGCACUGGGCAUUGCCUUAGCUGGGUUCUUAUUGCACAUGACCCUUUCAAAGUGGCUUGGCCGCUGUGCUCGUUCUCAGCUUGGAAGGACACCCCCUGGUCAGCCAAAGGGCUCAACCAUUGUUGGAAAGGCUCAGAUGCCUCUCAUGAGCAAAAGAGACACGGAGUGA